CGUGUCGCCGUGCCCAGCACCGCUGUCGGCCAUCUUGGUCGACACCCACCUACUGGAGUCACUGCGGUGCACAGGCAGCCCAAUCAGAGGCGGCCGGUGCUGAGCUGACUGGCAGAGGGGCUGGGAUUUUUUUGUUUGUUUGUUUUGUAAUGGUGUGUUUUUUUUUCACCACACUGUGCUCUGUUGCAUUUUAAACGGCCGGUCUGCACAGAAGGGAGAAUCAGAGGCUGAAGAGGAGGAGGAGAAGGAGGAAGAGCGGAGGCCCCUCUCCAGACAGCAGCUUAUUUCAUCCAGUUGUAUCGAAGAGGAGGGGAGGAUGCAGACCUAAAGAGGAAGAGGAGCAGCUCUCCCCCCCGACACCUGCCUCUUCAUCGCCUCCUCUCUUUUUCUCGGUCUUCAUCCUCUCUGGAGCAAAGGCCGUUUUCCUUUCUCCUUUUCUCCUUUUCUCCUCGCCGCUGCCUUGUUUUUUGGCCCGGCGAUCGCUGAGUCAUCAUGUCAGACCUGACGCCUCAGAGCGAGACCCCGACCCCCACCACAGACAAGAUCACCCAGGCCGCACGGGAGACCAUCUAUCUCUGCAACUUUCGCGUCUCCGUCGACGGCGAGUGGCUCUGCCUGCGCGAGCUCAACGACAUCUCGCUCACGCCGGACCCCGAGCUGGACCACGAAGAUCCCAAAGACCCGAUUGCCAUUGAAAGGCUCAACUUGAUGAACAUGGCCAAGCUGAGCAUCAAGGGCCUGAUCGAGUCGGCGCUCAACCUCGGACGCACGCUGGACUCCGACUACGCGCCGCUCCAGCAGUUCUUUGUCGUCAUGGAGCACUGCCUUAAACACGGACUAAAAAGUAAGAAGACGUUCCUGGGGCAGAACAAGUCGUUCUGGGGGCCCCUGGAGCUGGUGGAGAAGCUGACCCCUGAGGCCGGAGAGAUCACUGCCAGCGUGAAAGACCUGCCUGGGUUAAGAACUCCGUUGGGAAGAGGCCGGGCCUGGCUGCGCCUGGCCCUGAUGCAGAAGAAGCUCUCAGACUACAUGAAGACCAUCAUCAACAGGAAGGACCUGCUCAGUGAGUUUUACGAGCCAAACGCCCUGAUGAUGGAGGAGGAGGGCGCCGUCAUCGCCGGGCUGCUCGUCGGCCUGAACGUCAUCGACGCCAAUCUGUGCAUGAAGGGGGAGGACUUGGACUCGCAGGUCGUCGUCAUCGACUUUUCCAUGUACCUGAAAGAUGGAGGACACAGCAGCAAGAGUGCAGAGGGUGACGGUCAGAUCACUGCGAUCCUCGAUCAGAAGAAUUACGUUGAAGAGCUGAACAGACACUUGAGUGCAUCGGUAAAUAACCUCCAGGCCAAAGUAGACGCCCUGGAAAAGUCCAACACGAAGCUAACGGAAGAGCUGGCAGUGGCAAACAACAGGAUCAUCACUUUACAAGAGGAUGUGGAGAGAGUAAAGGAAGAGAGCUCAUUUCAGCAGGAGUCCAGGAAGGCGUCGUCAGCGGACGGACAGGUGCUGGGUGAAACCCGGAAGCAGCUCAGAGAGGAAACUCAGCUUCGACUGGACGUGGAGCGGGAGCUGGAGGUGCAGAUCGGGAUGAAGCAGGAGAUGGAGCUGUCCAUGAAGAUGCUGGAGAAGGACAUCUGUGAGAAGCAGGACGCUCUGGUGGAGCUCCGGCAGCAGCUGGAAGACCUUCGUGCCAUCAACCAACAGCUCAGCCACAAGUCACAGAGCGCAGAUUUGAGCUCGAAACAGAAAAGUGAAGCCAUCGCUCGGCUGGAGGAGAAAAUCAGCCAGAUGUCUGGCACCGUGAACCAGCUGGAGAACAGAUGCAAACAGGCCGAGAGGGAGCGGGAUCUGGCCUUAGAGGCCAACCGGCUCUUCAAGCAGGACUUUGGAGACAAAAUUGAGGGUCUGCAGGCGGAGGUGGAGCAGCUGCGCAGACAAAGAUUUGGUCUGGAGCAGGAGCUGAGAGAACGAGAGCAGAAGCAAAAUCUGAGCGCCGCAGCCAGAGCUUCUGCUCCGAGGAAGAUCAAGCAUCCAGAGAGUCCUCCAAAGCUUCUUUCACAAUCCACACCAACCAAGACGGCCCAGCCACUGGGAGAACUGGAGGAGAAAACCAGUCUGAGCUCCAGUCUCUCGUCACAUACUGAGGAUGAGCAGGAAGAGAAGCUCCCUGAGGGCCCCCAGCCUUAUGUUUGCAACCUGUGUAAACAGGACGACUCCCUCUUGAGGACAAAGAAACAAUGCAAGAACUGCUUAAACUUUUUCUGCGUGAGCUGCGUCUCUCAUGAGCUGCCGCUGCCUUCCUCCAUCCUCCCGGAGACGGUGUGCACGUCCUGCUACUCGCAGUUGCUGCAGCAGUACUCGUCGACGCCAACAUAAGCUCGCAGAACAAUCAGAGGCAUUAAGACCCAAAAAACCGGCACUGCAGGAAGCACUUUCCCCCCUCAAAAUGUCAUGAAAGAUCCUCUCUGGGGUGUAUUUUUUUUAAACAUUCAAAUGUUUGCCAUGCAGGUUUCCAACCAGUAACACCUUUAUUUGGUGUUGCUGGUCACUUCCACUUCAACUUGAGGGAAAAUCGGCUGCAGCGUAGCUGACAAAGGCACCAAACUGGAUUUAAAAUACAUUUAUAUAACCUCUCUCAUUGUUUCUUAAUAUAAAAAUAUAUAUUGCUGCGUAUUUCAACAGAUAUUUAUGUUUUUAAUGAAUAAAAAUGGAGAAACUGGAUGCUAUGCUUGUAUUUUGAGCUUCUGCUUUGCUUUUUGUAGUGUUGAUAGCAGAUCACAGUUUCACAGUUUUGGUCUCUGCAUCAGAUUUCCGCUGGUGCCAAGUGGGGACAAUCCGUUAUGAGAAUGGAAACAAAUUUGGCCUAAAAUGUUUAUUUUAAACGUGAAAAAAGUGGCCACAUGCUUCUCAUUUCUCCUUAUUUUGAGAAAUUGCAUUAGCCUUAUAUGUAUUUUUAUGCAAUAUUUAGUAUUUGGUGGCUAGGGUUAGCCCAUAAGCGCAGCAAAGCUUAGCAUAAAGUGGAGAUAGAUUCCAGUUAACUGCCUUGUUAGCUGUUUCACCAAACCAGCACGUAGAAGCCGAUUAGUCCACAUAUGAAGCUCAUAAGGACAAAAUAUUGGUUAAAUAAUGGAUCCUACAUGUGCAAUGGUUGCACAAUGACGCCAGAUUAAAUGCUUAUCUAGAUUUGAUGUGAGACCCAAAAAGACCUUUAUAGGUUUCUCUAUCAUCGAGCCAAUGCGCGUAAAGCCAAUUAGUCCAACUCAAUGGUUUUCCUCAUGAAUAUAUCACAUAUAGGGCCCACAUGGAAAAAAAAUGGUUAAAUAAUGGGCACCACUUGGCCUUGUCAAAUGGUUUGGCAAUGACUCCAGAUUAAAUGUUUAUAUAGGUUUGGUGUGGGGCCCAUUUGGGCGUAACCAAAUACCAAAUUAUGACCCAAAAAGGAUCUUCAUAGACACCUGGAAGCUGACUAGUCCGACUCCAUGGUUUUCUUGAUAUUUCUUAUGCCAACACCAGAUUUAAUUUUGACAUUUAACUAAUCUAGUUAAUAAAAUGCAUAUUAACAUUAACUAUCAUUCACAUGGGUUAAAUAAUGGACACCAUAUGGGUUCUUAUAGGUUUGAUCUGUGACCCAUGUGGGCACACAGUUAUAACUAUCCUAGUACCAAAUUCAGAACAAAGAAAGACAUUCAUAAGACACUCCAUCUGGUUUCGCCAUUAUGAGACGCACUGCAUUGGCUCCCAUUGUCCAGGUUACGCCCACAAAUCCUUAUGGGGCCCACAUACUUAUGAUGACUGGUACAUUGUAGGUGCUACAUCUGCUAAUGCAAGGAAUAAUAGUGUGUUUUACAAUAUAAAGGUAUACUCUACCAAAAUGGCUGCUGUCUGAAUAAAACAUGGUAAAAGCAGAGGUAAUAAAUGGUUAGUACCUCCGUCUGGGCUUCAUUAAAUCCGUCACCUACAGUAUUGUUGAAGUGAAAGUGAUUUUUAGGGUUUGAAAACAUAAAUACAGAAAAACAUGUCAACCACGAGCUUAUGUUGCUAACUGGAACAGGGUUAAAUUAGGCGGGAUAUCUGAGUUUAUGGUUAUAAACAUCUCCUUUUUUAGAAUUUAUUCCUUAUUGGCUUUUUUUCAGCUGUCACCAAACCAAAGUGCAUUGACAAGCUGCAACUGCAGUAAAUAUGCUAGAUGGAGCAAUCUAAAUGAGCCAGCAGGAAUUUAGCAUUUGGUUUAUUGUGUUAUUGCAAAUGUACAUGUGAGCUGAAGCUGCUUUAAAGAUAAAUAAUAAACUGGUAUCCAAUUAUUA